AUGUCUAGUAUAUCUAAAAGAAGAAAAGAAGGGUCAAGAGGCAAUAUAAAGAGCAUGGGAGACCACCAGGAAUUUUUGAAAAGGAUAUCUAAGACCUUAUACUAUGGGCAGUUACCCACUCUAUCCAGCUUGAGCCUUCCAGUCACAGAAAUAUCAUGUGAGGUGUGGUCAAUGGCACAAAGAGGACACUCUGUUCGGCGGCUGCACGCAGACCAGGCAGCAAGCAUUGCUCGUUCUGCCUGUGUUUCACCGUGUGCACUUGUUCUUGCAAUCCUGUAUUUAGAGCGACUUAAACUUUGUAAUCCUGACUACUUAACUGCAACUUCUCCAGCUGAUCUCUUUCUAGUCUCUUUGAUGGUUAGUAACAAGUUUCUCCAAGACGAUGGUGAAGAUGAUGAAGUGAUAUGUUCAGAAUGGGCUGCCUCAGGAGGGCUUGACCUUCAUCAACUGAACAAACUUGAGGCAGACUUUCUGAAUGCUAUUGAAUGGAAUUUAUACAUUAAUGAAAAAACAUUUGAAAGUGGACUUUUAUGGCUCGAGAGACAAGUGGCAAUGAAGCAGGCUUUGAUGAGAGGGUUUUUUACAUAUACUGAUCUUGCAGUUACAUGCAACAAAACUUUGAUGAGUGAGCUGAUGAAGUCAGUCGGCUGUGCCUGCUUUACUCUUACCUUUAGUUAUUUGAGCAGUUUUAUAACUUUAGUCACUUCAACUUUGGUUGUAUCAAAUGUUUGGCUUCCAACUCUAGAAUCUGUCGUGGCCAGAGGAAGCAUUGCAACCGAUAUUUCGUCCCACUCAAUAUCUUCUACCGACAUGUAUUUACAACCGGAACUUUUUAAUACUACUUUAGCACAAAUUGCUGAAAUUAUUGUUGAGGAAAAUGUUGACUCACAAUUUAUAAAGUGUUGUGUGAACUGGCAAAAGUAUCUUGAUGAUAAAAGGGAAACCAAGAAGAAUUGGUAUUGGGGUGUUGUUGCAUACGAUUUUAAAACAUUUCAAACGUGGUGGUCUAAAACAUCUGUUUUGAAUUGGCUGUAUCAAAGUUCCUUUAUUAAUCCUAUACAAAGGUGGUUAGAGAAUAUAAAUAAAUAUGCAGAAUUUAUAAAAGACAACCUAGAGAGCGAGAACAAAUCGAGGAAACAAUGUAAAGAUACUUUCAUGAAGGUUAGUGAAAAGGGGUACUGCUUCCAAGAACGUCUCAACUAUAGCAAACUUAAUAUUUUCACAACAUCCAUGUCCGACCGAUAA